AUGGCAUCGACGUCGGCCGCGCAAGCCGAAAUGGUAGCGAGUUUGAUCGGCGCGAAGGUGCUCGAGACGCUCGAGCAGAAGGACAAGCAGCUGGACGAGACCAUCAAGAAGCUCGACAAAGCCGACGACGACGAGCUCGAGCGACUGCGCGAAAAGCGGCUGCAGGCGCUGCAGCAGACGAGGCGCAAGGCGCAGGAGCUGCGCGCGAGGGGCCACGGCACGUACGCGACGAUCUCCGACACGCACGAGUUCUUCGACACGAUGAAGCACAGCGACAAGGUCGUGGUGCACUUUUUCACGCCAGCGAACGCGUUCUGUCAGCUCGUGGACGGCCACUUGGCGCGCCUUGCGCCGCACCAUGCCGAGACCAGGUUCGCACGCAUCAAUGCCGAGAAGGCCGAGUUCCUGGUCGACAAGCUCGGGGUCUGGAUGAUCCCGUGCCUUGCACUGGUGCACAAGCAAAAGGUGGAAAAGAUGGUCCAAGGGCUGGACGAGCUGGGCGGGACGGACAAGUUCUCGACGGCGUUUCUCGCCCACUACUUGAGUCGGCACGGCAUGUUGACGUACGAAGGGCCGGAGCCUGCUCACCCGUCCGAUAGCUGCGGAGGCGCCUAUGCAACAGGAACGAAGCCAGCGCACGUGAAGCAGCAGCUCGACCAGGAACAGAUCAAUAGCAUCCGCCAGAGCAUCUUCUACGACAGCGACUUGGAGAUGGACGACGACGACGAGUAG